AUGUCAAAUAUGGAAUCAUCCCAUGUGAAUAAUGUGGAAUCACCACCAGAAUAUGUAUCUCAACCACCACCAAAAUAUGUACCUCGACAGUCAUCAUCGUCGUCAUCUUCAAUAUCAGAUCAGGAAUCAGAUAUUCACAAUCCACCACAAAGGGCCAGUGAAAAUCAAUUAUCGACUUGUUGUUCUGAUUGUUGGUGUAAUUGUUUUGAUAGUUGUUCUGGCACUAAUUGUACUGCUUCCGAUAAGAAUAUUUGUGGCAGUAUACUAGUUGUUUUGUGUUGUGGAAGCACAAUUGGGUAUGCCACUAAUGCUUGA